AUGGAGGACGCCGGCGUGCAGAGGGGGCUGUGGGACGGGGACGCCAAGACGGUGCAGCAGUGCUUGACUGACAUUUUCACCAGCGUUUACACCACCUGCGACAUCCCGGAAAAUGCCAUUUUCGGCCCCUGCGUCCUGAGCCACACGUCGCUCUAUGACAGCAUCGCCUUCAUCGCCCUCAAAUCCACCGACAAGCGCACCGUGCCCUACAUCUUUCGGGUGGACACUUCGGCGGCCAACGGCUCGGCCGAGGGGCUGAUGUGGCUGCGGCUGGUGCAGUCGGCCCGGGAGCGGGAGGAGCAGAACCUGGAGGCCUACAUCAAGAGCGGGCAGCUCUUCUACCGCUCCCUGCGCCGCAUCGCCAAGGACGAGGAGCUGCUGGUGUGGUACGGCAAGGAGCUCACCGAGCUGCUGCUGCUCGGCCCCGCCCGGGCCCCCGCCCGCGCCAACGGCUCGCCGCCCUACGCGUGCCCCGAGUGCAGCCAGCGUUUCCAGUUCGAGCUGCCCUUCGCCGCCCACCUGCGGUUCCGCUGCCCCAAGAGGCUGCACGGCGCCGGCACCGGCCCCGCCGAGCCCCCCGGAGGCAAGGAGGCGGCGGGCAAGGAGCCGGAGGCCGCCAAGUUCUGCAAGCCGGCCGGGCCGCUCCACCACCCCUUCCCCGACGGCACCGCCGCCACCAAGCCCUCCACGGACUUCCACAACCUGGCGAGGGAGCUGGAAAACUCCCGCGGCGCCCCCGGCUCCGGAGGCUCCCCGGGGAGGCCGGCGCCCCCCGACGGCGCCCCCGAGGCGGCCGGGGGCAAGGCGAAGCGGCGCUACCCCGAGGAAGAGGAGCGGGGCCGCUUCCCCACGGAGCGGCCGGGGCUGCCGUCGGCGCCCAAGGAGGAGCUGGUGUGCACCCCGCAGCAGCAGCAGCAGUACCGGGCGGCCGGCUCCUACUGCGGCCUGGAGGAGGGGGGCCGCCUCUUCGCACCCCCCAGCCCCGAGACGGGCGAGGCCAAACGCAGCGCCUUCGUCGAGGUGAAGAAGGUGGCCCGCGGCCCCGAGCCCGACGGCGCGGCCGAGGAGGGCCAGGAGCGCGCUUCUCCCCCGGGGACGGGCACGGGGGGGCCCGGGCCCGGCGGCGGGGAGCCGGGGCUGUGCCCCCGCGGCUCCGGGGGGCCCCUGGGCGCCCGGCUGGAGGGGGGCAGCCCGGCGCGGGGCAGCGCCUUCAGCACCGUGCCGCAGCUCGGCGGCGGCCCCGGCGGCGGCCCCGGCGGGGCAGAGGAGCGCAAGAGCGCCUUCUCGCAGCCCGCCCGCUCCUUCCCCCACGGGCCGCCGCUGGUGCUGGGCCAGAAGCUGGGCGGCCUGGGCGAGCCGUGCCCCGACGGCUCCUCCGCCGCCCCCGGCCGCCUGUACGCCGCCGAGGCGCUGGCCGUCAAGCUGCCCGGCGGCGGCGGCGAGGGGGCGGCGGGCGGCGGCGGCGGCCCCGGGGGCGGCCCGGGGGGCGGCCCGGGGGGCGGCGGGGGGCUGCCCAAGCAGAGCCCCUUCCUCUACGCCACCGCCUUCUGGCCCAAGAGCUCGGCGGCGGCGGCGGUGGCGGCGGCGGCGGCGGGGCCCCUGCAGCUGCAGCUGCCGUCGGCGCUGACGCUGCUGCCGCCGUCGUUCACGUCGCUGUGCCUGCCGGCGCAGAACUGGUGCGCCAAGUGCAACGCCUCCUUCCGCAUGACCUCGGACCUGGUGUACCACAUGCGCUCCCACCACAAGAAGGAGUACGCGCUGGAGCCCCUGGUCAAGCGGCGCCGCGAGGAGAAGCUCAAGUGCCCGAUCUGCAACGAGUCCUUCCGAGAGCGGCACCACCUCUCCCGCCACAUGACCUCGCACAACUAG